CGGUUUGUUUACUGGCGGAGGCUGAAGAAGGGGAUCCUACAGGACCUGCUGGGAGACUGUACAAUCUACUUCUGUUUGUGGAAGAAGAACAGGGGAAAACAACUUUAUUUCCCAUGCUUUCCUCUCAUUCAGAUACACGCUUACUUGCUGUGGUGGCAGGAGCCUGAACACAACUCGGAGCAUUUAUAGGUUGUUUUUUUUUCUAUUCCCAAACAAAAAGAAGAAGAAGUGCGGAGCCACGACUGAAGUCUGUCAGAGAGUGGAGGUCUCACUGAAAUCUCUGCACUGACUGAGAGUACUCGUUAGAGUUGACCAGGGAAAAACUACACUUUGUUUCCCAAGCGAGAGGAAUCAACUGCGAUGUUUUGUUUUCGCAGGAGGGAUUGAGGGAUUCUUUUUUUUUUUUUACGAAAGACACGCUAACGUUACGCCACGCAUGCCACAACCAUCGAGUCAGCAGCUCCAAAAAAUCCUCUAAAUUAAGUUAUCAGUCGCUUUAAUGGGAUUUUUCCAGCAUGCAAAUUGACUCUUGUAUUAAUAAUAUACAGUGCAGCUGUAAAGGUAUGCGGGGGGUUUCUUAAAGUAAAAUAUAUUGAGAUAGUUGCUGAAAAGCAGCGCAAACUUCACUUGUGGCCUGGACUAGAGGUGGAGCUAGGCUAGGCUAGCUAGCUUAACCGUAGCAUUUUUUCAGAACAACAAGUCUAUUUUUGCUCCUUUUUUCGGACACGGACAAUCUAAACUGGUUCAGUUUAUCCAUCAAAUGCAUUUGAAGACUUAAAAGGAGCUCUCAUAUCCCGUAGUGAUGUGUGUUACGGGUGCUUUUCCAUGAGGUGGCUAACUUUAGCAGUGCUAGCUUGUGUUUGAGUGAACACGUUGGACUCGUUCCUCCGCCCAUCUUCCGGGAUGGCUUUUAUUUAUUUUUGUUUACCUGUUGGCCCACUCCGCCAAACAAAACCAAUUUCCUGAAGGUAUUUCUCCUUCAGUCUGAACUGUGUCCUCGCCAAGGAUUAUUCUGCAUUUGACCCGGAAUAGUGGUGCAUGGUGUUUUAUUCCGAGUCAGUUAUGUGGCUCCGGACUUUGUGUUUUGUUUUCACGGUCUGCUUUGUGAUGAGCUGUCAUCGAGCAAGUGGAGAGGUUUGUCCGAGCAAGGACAUCCGCAACAAUGUGACCAACCUACGAACGCUAGAGAACUGCACUGUGAUCGAAGGCCACCUGAAGAUAUUACUCAUGUUCAGGACCAAGCCUGAGGAUUUCCGGGGCAUCAGUUUCCCCAAACUGACGGUGGUCACCGACUACCUGUUGCUCUUCAGAGUUUACGGCAUGGAGACCCUCAGCGAUCUUUUCCCCAACCUUACGGUCAUCAGAGGCAACAACUUGUUCUUCAACUACGCCCUGGUGAUGUUCGAGAUGCUCCAGCUGCGAGAGAUCGGCCUCCAUAGCUUGAUGAACAUCACCCGUGGAGCAGUGAGGAUUGAGAAGAACCCGGAUCUCUGCUACCUCUCCACUCUGGACUGGUCCAAGAUCCUGGACACAGUGGAGGACAACUACAUCAUGGCUAACAAGAACGACAGAGAGUGCGGAGACGUUUGCCCGGGGGCGGCCAUCGGAAAGACCACCUGCCAGACCACCACCAUCAACGGACACUUCAGUGAACGCUGCUGGACCCAGAAGAACUGUCAAAGAAUGUGCCCGAUGCAUUGUAAACAUCGAGCCUGCACCAAGGACGACCUGUGCUGCCACGACCAGUGUCUGGGCGGCUGCCUGAAGCCCCACUCAGCCGAUCACUGCGUGGCCUGCCGCGGCCUCCAGCACGAGGACAAGUGUGUGGUCCGCUGCCCCGAAAACCACUUCACUUACAGGGGCUGGCGCUGCGUCUCCUUCGGCUUCUGCCAAGAUCUCCACAACAGAUGCAAGCGCGAGAAGGAGCGCAGCAAGAGCGCCGACUGCCACGAGUACGUCAUCCACAACGGGGCCUGCAUCCACGAGUGUCCCUCCGGCUACACCACCGUCAACUCCUCCUCGCUGAUCUGCACUCCCUGUGCAGGGCUCUGUCCGAAGGUCUGUAUGGGUCUGAAGAUGGUCGACUCUGUGACGGCGGCCCAGGCUCUGAGAGGCUGCACGGUCCUCAACGGGAGCCUCGUCAUCAACCUGCGUGGAGGAAACAACAUUGCAGCUGAACUGGAGGCCAGCCUGGGCCAGCUGGAGGAGAUCACUGGAUACCUGACAGUGAGACGUUCCUACGCCCUCGUAUCCCUCUCGUUUUUCCGCAAACUCCGUGUUAUUCGCGGGGAGGAACAGGAAAUCGGAAAUUACUCGUUCUAUGCCCUGGAUAACCAGAACCUGCGGCAGCUCUGGGAUUGGUCCAAACACAAGCUGACCAUCCUUCAGGGACGCAUGUUUUUCCACUAUAACUCCAAACUCUGCAUGUCGGAGAUCCGCAAGAUGGAGGAGGUGUCGGGGACCAAAGACAGGCAAAUCAAGAACGACAUCGCCUCCAAGACCAACGGAGACCAGGCCUCAUGUGAGAACCAUCCGUUGAAGUUUACCCAGAUCCGAACCAUGAGCGAUAAGAUAAUGGUCAAGUGGGAGCCCUUCUGGCCUCCAGAUUUCAGAGACCUGCUGGGCUUUAUGGUGCUCUACAAAGAAGCAACUUUUCAGAACGUAACUGAGUUUGACGGGCAGGACGCCUGCGGCUCCAACAGCUGGGUGAUUGCUGACGUUGACCCUCCGCGCCGGGCCACAGAGGGGGACAAGGAGCAGUUUGAGCCGGGUCAUCUCAUCUUGCCUCUGAAGCCGUGGACGCAGUACGCCAUCAUGGUGAAAACGCAGCUCUCAGCCUCUGACGAGCACCAGGUCCUCGGAGCCAAGAGCGAGAUCAUAUAUGUCCGCACCAACGCCACCAAACCCUCUGUACCGCUGGACCCCAUUUCCUCGUCCAACUCGUCCUCCCAGAUCAUCCUCAAGUGGAAACCUCCCAACGACCCCAACGGUAACAUCACCCACUACCUGGUCUUCUGUCAGCGGCAGCCGGAAGCCAUCGAGCUCUACAAGUUCGACUACUGUCAGAAGGGGAUGAAGGUGCCGUCUCGAGUGCCCACUCAGGUGGACAGUGACGAAGAGCAGAAGUGGAACCAGACGGAGGAUCAGGGCCAGGGGACGCGAUGCUGCGGCUGCCCCAAGACCGACAAGGAGCUGAAGAAGGAGAAAGAGGACUCGGAGUACCGCAAGACCUUUGAAAAUUACCUCCACAAUGAAGUCUUUGAGCUCAAAGGCUCCAGACAUCGGCGGUCUGCGAUGGGCAUCGCCAACCGAACCCUCCCCUUCCUUACCACCGCCCCCAGCCCGCCCCACGGCACAGGCACCCCCGAGGAGGGGAAACCGUUGGAAAGCAUAAAGACAGUCGUCACCGUCCACGCCAAGGAGUCCACCGUCAUCUCCCACCUGCGCCACUUCACAAGCUACCAGAUCGAAGUUCACGCCUGCAACCACCCGACCGACCCGCUGCGCUGCAGCAUGGCGGCGUACGUCAGCGCCCGCACCAUGCCUGAAGACAAAGCCGAUAACGUCUUGAGUCCCAUCAACUUCGACGUGACAGAAAAUGCUGUGCACAUCACAUGGCAGGAGCCAAAUUCUCCCAAUGGCAUGAUCAUCCUGUACGAGGUCAACUACAAGAGACUGGGAGAUACUGAGGAGCUGCACUACUGCGUGUCCAGGAGCAUGUUCAGAGAGACCCACGGCUGCAGGCUGAAAGUGAUGCAUCCUGGGAACUACACGGUAAGGAUCCGGGCCACGUCUCUGGCCGGUAACGGAUCCUGGACCGACCCCACGUACUUCUACGUACAGGACGCAAGCGAUCCUCUCUACACGGUGAAGAUCGUCAUCGGACCGAUCAUCUGCUUUGUGCUGCUGCUGUUCGUGGCCGGUGCAGGAUUUGUGAUGUUCAAGAAGAGUCAAACUCAAGGACCUAGUGGUCCAAUCUACGCCUCUUCUAACCCAGAGUACCUCAGCGCUGCUGACGUGUACGAGGAGGACGAGUGGGAGGUGCCCAGAGACAAGAUCAACAUUUUGAGGGAGCUGGGGCAGGGCUCGUUCGGCAUGGUGUACGAGGGAAUUGCCAAGGACAUCAUCAAGGGCGAGGGGGACUCACACGUGGCGGUGAAGACGGUGAACGAGUCGGCUAGCCUGCGGGAGAGAAUCGAGUUCCUGAACGAGGCCUCGGUCAUGAAGGCGUUCAGCUGCCACCAUGUGGUGCGUCUGCUGGGUGUUGUGUCCAAAGGGCAGCCCACCCUGGUGGUGAUGGAGCUGAUGACGCACGGAGACCUGAAGAGCUUCCUGCGCUCUCUGCGACCCGACGCUGAGAACAACCCCGGGCGCCCGCCUCCCACUCUGAAGGAGAUGAUCCAAAUGGCCGCUGAGAUCGCAGACGGCAUGGCGUACCUUAACGCCAAGAAGUUUGUCCACAGAGACCUGGCAGCCAGAAACUGCAUGGUGGGAACCGACCUCACCGUCAAAAUAGGAGACUUUGGCAUGACGAGAGACAUCUACGAGACGGACUACUACAGGAAGGGAGGCAAGGGGCUGCUGCCCGUCAGGUGGAUGGCUCCGGAGUCUCUGAAGGAUGGAGUCUUCACCGCAAAUUCAGACUGCUGGUCGUUUGGAGUAGUGCUGUGGGAGAUCAGCACGCUGGCCGAGCAGCCGUACCAGGGCCUGUCCAACGAGCAGGUCCUCAAGUUCGUCAUGGACGGAGGAUACCUGGACCGGCCGGACAACUGCGCCGACAGAAUACACAACCUGAUGCAGAUGUCUUGGCAGUACAACCCCAAGAUGCGUCCCGCCUUCCAGGAGAUCAUCGAGAUGCUGCGCGAGGACCUGCAUCCUUCCUUCCAGGAAAUGUCCUUCUUCUACAGCGAGGAGAACAAGCCGCCUGAGAGCGAAGACUUUGACCUGGACAUGGAGAACAUGGAGAGCAUCCCGCUGGACCCGUCGUCCUACUCCCAGAGGGAGCAGUGCUCGGACAGGGACGAGGCCUCCUCCAUGGGCCUGAGGGGCAGCUACGAGGAGCACCACAUCCCCUUCACACACAUGAACGGGGGAAAGAACAACGGACGAAUACUGGCCCUGCCGCGGUCCAGCCCCUCAUAACAUACUGUACACAUCCCGUGCAAACACAUCAUUGCUAUAGAUUUGAAUAUAUUUUUGUUUUUUGUUGUCAUUUUAUAUAUAUAGCACACUUUUAUCACACUCUCUACAGGAGCCCCACAGUGCAUAUCUCAGGACCUUAUUUUUCUCCUCCAAUGCCACAAAACACACACUACAGCAAGUCCGCACACGGAUGCCAGAAGACACUUUUUGUAUUUAAGGACGGACCCUCCCGCGUCCCUCUCGUUCAUGAUUGUAGCUUAUAUACUGUAUAUAUAUAUAUAUAUAUAUAUAUAUAUAUAUAUAUAUAUAUAUAUAUUGCCAAGUUUGUGCUAGAAUGGGUGGAUUAACGAUUCAACUGUGAAACAAACUCUUGACAAACAAGAAGGCUGCUAAACCCCUCCCAAGUCCAGACUGUUUCCCCCUCCCCUUAAUUCAGCAAGAGGCUUCAUCCCCGGGUUGCUACGUAUUUUGAAAAAAAGUGCCCUUCUAUUUUGUCUGUGGCCUAAAUCAGUUGUCAUGGAACUGUGUCUGAGUCUUUGUACGCAAGCGGAUGACGAACUAUGAUUGAAAGACUUUGGGAACGCUGUUGGAUGGUCUGAUUCGGUCCAUCGUCGAACAAACUCUUAUCCACUGGAGAAGCUGGUUGAAGUGGCCUACCUCCUCACACUCUGCAGUAUUCCAAAAUGGCACACAGGAUAAACACAGGACUUUUGUUGGGUUAUAUUUUUUAAUUUUUAUUUACGUCUCUUUCUUUUCUUUUCCUUAUUUGUUUUUUGAGUUCCCAUUUACAGCUGAAGGAUAUUUAAACUGUUUUCAAAAACAUGUUGGUGAACGAGUUCCUCAGAUUGACCAAUAGCUGCUUCUUAUUUUAGUGGGUAUAGAAGAUAAAAAAUAUAUAUAUAAAUAUAUAUAUAUGAAUAUAUUGUUGAUGUUUUUGUACAUAGCUGAUAUGUUGUCCUUCUUGAGGUAUUUACGAUCAUAGAAAAUGUUUUUACAUGUUAGUCUCUGUUUAUUUUUUCUAAUCCAGAAAAUCCUACUAAUUCGCUUUUUUUUUGGACUCAUGAUCAACCAACAGCACUUGGUCUUUUUGCUACGCGAUGCCUGGGAGUAAAGAGUGUUUGGCGUCUUCAGCUUAAGAUGUCUGCCCGUCAUAUCAAGAUCAAAUAAAAUAGUGCUGUAAAUAAAGCAGCGAGGUGCAUUCGUGAAGAGGCUCCUUCAGUUUUUUCUGAUAUUUUCCUUUCUUUCAUUGAUACUGUUUUUCAAGUCAGUUCUUUGUUUCUUUAGGGAGUACUGAGAUUGUUAAAUAUGUGUGUAUAUAAAGGGAAGUUUGUGUUUUAUGUCAGUGAGUAUGGGAAGGUAAGAGUUUGUUCUCAACAGAGCCAGAAAUGCAAACAUACAGAGUAAACAAACUCGAGCCUGAGUGAGAUGGGAAUUUGGGAAAGGCCAACACAGAUAUUGAUCUUUUUGGAUAUGAGAGAAAUCCUUUGGCAGAUUAUUUUUGUUACACAACCACUCAACACUACAACCAAUAUUUUUGGCAAUGAAUGCUCAAAUAUGUUUUUUAGAAGAUAUUCUAUUUUUUACAUACUGAUAAUUUACUCAUGAUUAGGCUUUUAAUUUGGAAAAAACUUGAUCAUAGUUGCAAUCAUUUUAAACAAGACAGCUAAAACUAAAUACAACUAAGUAAAAAAAGAAAUGUCCUGAUAGAUUCAAAUGCAGCCCAUAAAAUGUUUAUGUACAGUACUUUUCCAUGUGUAUGUCUGCCAAUACGCCUAUAGUAUUUAAUAAAAACCUAUCCCUAGGGAA